AGAAUGGGUGUGGCUUUCUUGUUAUUCUUUCUUGCAUCACUUCAAUGUGGAGUGACUGAAAUUAUGAUAAAAAAUUGGUAGCAUGUCCUAUUUCUUUGGUCACAGGCUCAAUUUAAAGAGAAGAGGACUGCCUCUGCUUUCCUGUCGGUUCAAGACAUUCUAUGAGGUGCUUUCUGUACCAAAGAAUGCGAGCAAAGAAGAGAUUAAAGACUCUUUCUUCACAUUAUCAAAGAAAUAUCAUCCAGACUCAAACCCUUCUCAUCCACCUCCAAAAGAAUUGUUUAUAGAAUUAAAUGAAGCAUAUUCAACACUAUCUGAUUCAUCAUUACGCAGACAAUAUGACCGAGAACUAGCCAUGGCUGAAUACUACAGGAGAAAUGGUGGACCGAGUUACGAGAAGAACCCUACAUCCAGUUCAAGUUAUGGACCCAGUUCAAACUAUGGAUUCAGGACUACUACUUAUUAUUAUUAUGAACCAACUGAUAGAGCACGUUCACCAAAAGAAGUUCAAAAGAGUCACUUUCGUGUAGUAAAGUAUCUUUUACUCCUCAUGUCAGUAGUCACCAUAGUGCAUUCGAUCAGGAUAAACUGGGCCCAUAAGAAGUUUAAGAAAUGGCAGGAGGAAGAGAGUAGGAUGAACUCACUCAUUUAUGAGAGAGUGAGAGAGAAAGCAAAGAACAGCUCAGUAGAAGAACAGCUGCUGGCACUGGCAGAGAAAGUGAAAGAGUCAAAUAGAAUCAGAUAGUCUAAUAAUCCAGAAAUAAUAAAUGUAGGAACAGUAGGAUAGUUUCAUCUAUGGUUUCAUAGUCAUAAUAAUUGUAAUGUUUUAUUUAUUUUUAUCUUUGCACAUUAAAAUUAAUUUUAUUC